AUGUACAACUCAAUUCUUCUCUCUUCGGCUGCUUUACUAGCCCUCGUCUCGGGCUCUACAGCCUUCGCUGACACCUACACCUACUAUACAGGUGAUGGCUCUACUGAUGCUGGCUGGCCGUCAAUCGACAGCUGGGGUACCUGGGAUCAACUCUGGGAAGCGAAUUCCGCUAUCAUGAGCGAAACCUGUGGAUGGAAUGGAUGGGGCGCGGACGACUCUGCUACUGAGAUUUCAUACAUCCAAACCGCCAUUGAGAGUGUCGCCAGUGCUAGUGGCGUUGAUGAACGUUUUAUUCUGGCGAUCGUGAUGCAGGAAAGUGAGGGAUGUGUCCGUGUACCUACCACUAACAACGGUGUCGUGAACCCCGGCCUCAUGCAGUCCCAUGAUGGCACUGGCACCUGCGCCGGCACAAACCCAUGCCCGCAAUCCGAGAUUACCCAGAUGAUCGAGGAUGGAACUGAAGGUACCUCAUCCGGUAAUGGCCUGGAGCAGUUGAUUGCGCAGGUGCAGACGUACCUCGGCCUCGAUAUUGCGCCACGAGUUUACUAUUCCGCUGCACGACUCUACAAUAGCGGCUCUAUCGACUACACAAAUUUGGACGAUGGCCUCGGUAGCACUCCUUGCUAUUCCUCAGAUGUCGCCAAUCGUCUGACUGGCUGGGUUCUCGCUGCCAGAACCUGCACCGCCUAG